GGCCAAAAGCUAUAAAAAAACGCAAAAAUUGCGAAUUUUUUAUUUUUGAUUUCAGUAAGUACCAAUCUUGCAAUAAAACAAUUCAAAUUUUUUGUCAAGUAUAUAAUAUUAUAUGUGUAGGUACUUAAAAGCAUCGUUGUUGAACAUUUAAAAUUAUUCAACAUAUUUUUUGUUUUAUUUUUCAAACCACAUCUGGCUAAUGAACUUGAUGAAUUUGGUUUAAUUAAAUUGGAGUCCUCGAUCUCUUUUUUGGCCUCAAAAGUCUGAAGGUCGAAAUCUAAAAAAAAGAAAAUGCUCGAAAAUGGUAGGAAGGGAGUUGAUUUUGAUUCUGAAUCUCAGUUUGAAGUUGUUGUGAUAAUGAAUUUAAUUUUUUUUAAAUGUUACGUAAUUUUUCCUCUCAUGCAAAAAAAAAUACAUUAGGUAAUAAUAAAAGUUUUAGGGGGGGGGGGGGUGUCGGGGCUAAAAAAAUUUGAAAUUGGAGGAUUCGAUUUCGAUGAGAAGAUUCGAUCCUUCAAUCGAGAUACAUUUUUCGACCGAACAAACCAUUGGUUACCAAACCGCAUCGAACAUCAUGUUUGGUUUGUUAUGUAAACAAACUUUCAUAUCGGAAUGUGAACUCGCAAAUUUCGGUUAAAUUUUCAAUCACAAUGCGUGAUAUCAUCUCGGUUCACGUUGGGCAAGCAGGCUGUCAAAUAGGCGUCAGCUGUUGGGAGUUAUAUUGUUUAGAGCACGGAGUAGAUCAGUGCGGAUACACGGCGCCUAUGCAAGAAGAUCUACGUCCCAUUGACGAUAACUAUGCGACGUUUUUUCACGAAACUGAGAAUGGCAAACACGUCCCUAGGACUGUGUUGAUCGAUUUGGAGCCAAGCGUAAUCGACGAUGUGAGACAGGGUCCGUAUAGAGCUUUGUUCUAUUCAGACCAGCUGAUUUACGGGAAGCAGGACGCUGCGAAUAACUACGCACGAGGAUACUAUACAGUGGGAAAGGAGAAAAUUGCGCAGGCCGUUGAGCAAAUACGUAAACAAACGGAAAACUGUUGUUUGCUAUCUGGAUUUUUGAUAUUUCACUCUUUCGGCGGCGGAACCGGAUCUGGGUUCACUUCUCUCAUUAUGGAAGCUUUAGCAGCCGAGUACGCGAAAAAAAGCAAACUACAGUUCAUCAUUUAUCCGUCUCCUCGACUAUCCGCAGCCAUAGUCGAGCCAUACAAUUCGAUAUUAUCUUCACAUUCGACGAUAGAAUACGCAGAUUGCGCGUUUAUCGUCGAUAACGAAGCCAUCUACGAUAUUUGCGCAUCGAAUUUGGAAAUCGAUAGGCCUUCGUAUAUCCACCUGAAUCGUAUUCUGAGCCAAGUUAUUUCAGCGAUCACCGCUCCGCUUCGAUUCGACGGUAUUAUCAACGUUGACUUGACCGAAUUUCAAACUAACCUCGUACCUUAUCCUAGGAUCCAUUUUCCGCUCAUUACAUACGCUCCUUUUGUACCGGCUCAUCAAAUGGAUCGCGAAGAACUAUCGAUCGCGACGAUAACCAACGCUUGUUUCCUGCCAGGAAACCAACUAGUCAAAUGUGAUCCGACCAGCGGCAAGUACAUGGCGUGCUGUAUGCUCUACAGAGGCUGUAUACCUCCCAAAGAUGUCAACGACGCUAUUCACAACAUACGUAAAAGAGGAAUGAUGCGGUUCGUCAACUGGUGCCCGACCGGAUUCAAAGUAGGUAUUAAUUACCAACCACCAGUUUGCCCUUCGGGUAGUGGCUUAGCCAAUGUUCGAGCCGCCGUCUGCAUGAUCGCCAACACCACAGCUAUACAAGAAGCAUGGGCUAGACUGAAUCGUAAAUUCGACAUGAUGUACAGAAAACGAGCUUUCGUCCAUUGGUACACCGGAGAAGGUAUGGAUCAAGGUGAAUUUGUCGAAGCCCGAGAAGAUAUAUCAGCUUUGGAGAAAGACUACGAAGAAGCCGGUAAAGAUUCGACCUUUACUCCCACGAUGGCCAACCAAAUGGGAGGAUCUCCUGCGAUGUCGUCGCCCGAAUCGUCAUUCACGUCUUCGCAUAAAUCGUACUCGAGACAGCCCUCGUUAUCUUCAUCGGACACCAGAGAUAGAAGAAUGUCUGAAAGGAUGUCGGAUCCGAGACUGAAUCCUGAUCCGAGAAUGUGCGAUAGAUCAUCGUCCCAUAGAAUGCAUUCGAAUGAUCCUCGUAUCGCAGAUGCUAGGAUCAUUGAUCCGCAGAUGUUGAAUCCUAGGCUGGGUGAUCCUAGAGGGCUCGAUUCUAGAAUGUCGUCGUCCGAAUCGAGGGCCAACGAUCGUAGAAUAUCGGAUCCUAGGAUGUCGAGAUCCAAAUAUUCGCAGUGAUUUAAUCUUCAUCGUUUGUUUUUUCUGUCUUCUUGUUAAUAAUUGUGUAUUGCUAAAUUUAUGUAAGUUGGGGUGUGUUUUUUUUUUUUUUUUGCUGUGUAUUUGGGGACGGGCUAUUAGAGAGAAAUAUGCGAGAUAGUUUUCUAAAAAAAAAAAAAGAAAUAAAGUUAUUAUUUCAACG